CAAAUUUUUUAGAUUCAAAGCAAGGUUAUUUGGCAACCAUGAACCAAGCUUACUGAGCAAUCUUGCGAUAAUCUUAUUGUGCAAUCUUGCAGUAACCUUACACUGCAAUCUUUCGAUAUGCUUACCAUGCAAGCUUUCAGUCAGGAGGGACAUUUGAAGCUAGCGGCAAGUUUGCCGUGCAAAGUUAGCAAUAUUGCGCGGCAACCUUACGUAUUAUCUGGGCAGUGGUGGAUUAUGACGAUUGGGUUAACAUUAAAUGUGCCACAUUUUCAUGCACGACUCUAUUUCGUGGUUUUCGCCUUCUAUAUUAUUUCUGCCUCGAAUGGAAGCAAAUAUAAACAAGAUAUUCAGAAGAUAAAUAGGCAACCUGAGGAAUCAUUAGUGGAGAGAAAACGAACAAGAACUGCACUACAUCACGGAAAUAGUCUGAUUUACAACGAGGAAAAAAAUCCUAAACAUCAUUUACAAAAAAUUAUCUUGGACAAUCAUAGAAGAACAUUAGAGAAAAAUGAAUUGAAGUGGAUGGAGUUGAACUUGAUGAAAAAUCACUCAGAGAAGUCAAUCGAUAAACCAAUUAACGGAAAAUUGAAAAUAUCGAGGAAUUUUGUUGGGAAUCGUGAUUUUAAAUUGUUUAACGAUAUAGUUAACAAAGAUAUUUCAUAUUUAAAAUCAGGCUAUUCAAAAAAUAGACAACAUAAAAGAAGUAAAAUCGAUAGUGGAGUAAAAGACCUAGAUGACUCUUUAAUCCGACACGAAUCGAGUCAAAUAAUGGGUACUGUUUCAUCGGAAAAAUCAGAGACAAUGAAAGGAGCAAAUGUGGAUGAGUUUCCACUGUCUUUAGAAACGUCGAAACAGACUCGACUGGAAUUGAGCAAAAGUUUCAUUGAGAGUAACAAAGGCACAAAUAGAAAUGUCAAUGUAACGAACAUUUCUGGGGCUAAAGAAUAUGAAAGCAAGUUUGAGAAAGAUACUCACAGAAAAGAAGGUCACACGAAAAGUGAACAUGAAAGGAAGAUGUCAUCGAGGGAUUCAAAAAAUUCCAAUACUCUGAAUGAAACCAACAAUGGAACAGAGGAUAAAAAAUUUUAUCAUAAACAAUUGGAUUCUCAUGAUUCUCAACAACAAAGUAAAAGAAAUAUAGGAAAAAGAAAAUUAUUAUGUAUAGAGGAAAGCUAUAUCAACCGAAAAAAUUCAAUAACGUUAGGCAAAGCAAAAGAUUCUGUUUGUCAUAAAAUGGAAUGUAAAAACACUGACGUUGAAUCUAUUGCAUCAGAAAGGUGCUACCAAAUCAAAGAAAAUAUAAAAGAUAGUGAAGAUGUUACAAAAAAUGAUGAUAUAAGAAUACAGCAUCAUAUGAAAAGCAGAAAGUUACUUCAGAAGAAAAAUAUGGUAAAAUGUCGUUGUAAAGAAUUUAAUGCAAAUGACAAUAUUUACGAGGAUGAAGAAUAUGAGAAAUUGUCAAAAAAAAGAAAUCAAAAUUUUCAUGAAAAUUAUAAUUAUGAUCGAGAAUUGGAAGUAACAACUGAAAAUUAUGAUUCUUACGAUGAUGAUUAUAUGUUAAGUAAUUCAAAAAUCUCAAAAAAAGAAAAUAAAAAUCGAGAAAAUGACAACGCUGCUCAAGAUUAUGAUUAUUAUUAUAAUCAAAAAGAAGAAAUUCAAAAUCCAGAAAACAAAGAUACGAGAAGAAGACGCGAAGAAAUUCAAUACUUUGAUUAUGACGGUGAUUCAAAAGUUUCAGAAGAGUUAUAUCAUAAAUCUAAAUCACAGAUGAGAAAAAAAGAUACAAACCAAAAAGAAUUAAACAAUGACAAUUACCCGAUUAAAAAGAAUAAACAAAAAAUGGAAGAUACAAAACAAGAUGAGGAAGUAAAGAAUAUGAAAAACAAAAUUCCAAGUGAAGAAUUUAUUGGUAAUUUAAAUAUUCCAGAUAUUUUGGUUAAUGAGACAUUGAACGAAACUGUAAAAGGAAAUUCUCUAAAAACAAAUGAUUUGACAAUUAAUGAUUCAAUGAAUCGUAAUAAAAGGUACGAGAAGGAAAAUAAUGCAAACUUUCGUAAUUACGAAAAAUCAAAUGUGGACAGAUCAUGGUAA